CUAUAUUUUGCCUCUGUGAAUCAUGGGAAUGUAGGAAAAUAUGGAGAUGCUAGCUAAGUGAUGGCUGCCUUGAGUUUGAGACGUAAAGAUACUGAAGAAAUAACUACUUACCACUAACCUGAAGAUUAUUGACAACACAAACUCUUCCUUUUUCACCUAGCCUUGUGAGAAAUUGAAAAGAGCAAUCUCUACAUUUUGGUUUCAACAAUGGCAAGUAGUGGUGAAACUCAGCUACAGAGGAUUAUCCGGGAUAUGCAGGAUGCUGUGACAGAACUGAACAAAGAAUUUUUAGAAGCAGGAGAACCAGUCACAGAUGACUCUAUCAUCUUGCACAAGUUUUCUUAUAAGCUUGAGUACCUCUUGCAGUUUGACCAAAAGGAAAAAUCCACUUUACUAGGCAAUCGGAAGGACUACUGGGAUUAUUUUUGUGACUGUCUCAGAAAGGUUAAAGGUGCAAAUGAUGGUAUUCGCUUCGUCAAGUCUAUUUCAGAACUCCGCACUUCUCUUGGGAAAGGGAGGGCAUUUAUCCGCUACUCCUUAGUGCACCAAAGGCUUGCAGACACUUUACAACAGUGUUUUAUGAAUACCAAAGUAACAAGUGACUGGUACUAUGCAAGAAGUCCCUUCCUCAAUCCAAAACUGAGUUCUGAUAUUGUUGGUCACCUCUAUGAAUUAACUGAAAUUCAAUUUGAUUUGGCAUCAAGAGGCUAUGACUUAGAUGCUGGCUGGCCCACAUUUGCCAGGAGAACAUUGUGUUCACUUGGCUCCUCAGCUUAUCUAUGGAAACCUCCAAGCCGCAGUUCAAGCAUGAGCAGUUUGGUGAGCACCUCUGUGCAGGCUCAAGAGAACCUUUCCAGCCGAAAUGAGAAUAGCUUUUUUAAUACUGAAUCUCUUGAAGGCCUAGAGGAUUUGCACAUGGAUCUUGAUCGGGCAGAGCUGCAGCAGAAGGAACUACAGGAUCAAAUCCAGAAUCUGGAAGGAGAAAAGCAAGAGCUUCAGGCCACUAUUAGCCUUCAGAAGCAGCAAGUGCAAAUGGAAAGAGAAAAGAACAACAGUAUGAUGGAGGAGAAUGACAGGCUUAAAAAAAUGCUAGGGGAGUUAGAAAAACAGAUUUCCCACCUUACUCAGGGCACCAUUCAGGAGUUCCAGAAAUGUUUAGAGACGCUAGAACUGAAUGCAGCUGAGAAGCAGAAAGAAUGCUCUGCAAAGCUUGAGAGCCUGGAGUCCUUGAAAAAUGCCCCUGAUUCCAAAAUCCCUUUGAAUCAAGAGCUAAAGACCAUGGAAAUCUGGUUGGCCAGGAAAGAUCUCUUGAUUAAUGAGCUUACUGCCAAACUAAAAUCAGCAGAGAAGAAAACUGAGGAGCUUGCAGAAAAAGCAAAUAGUCUUAUGGAUGAAAAAAGUCACCAGGCCAUCAGCCAAUAUGAUUCCGUACUAAAGACUGAGUUAUUAAAAAAGCUUUGUUUGGCUGAAGAGGAGAAGGCUGAUGCUCAGAAACUGCAUAGUGAACUUCUUUCUCAUCUUAAAAUUAUGGAAGAGCAAUUCCAUGUGAAAGAAGAGAAACAGAAAGAAUUUGAAUUGAAGUUGAAAAGCCUUACCAUUAGCACUAAGGAAGAAUCUGAAAAAUUGCUUAUUAAUCUGGAAGCCAUGACUAUUGAAAGGGCUGAACUUCAGGAAGAGCUAGCAGUGAAAGACAAAAUGGUAGCUGAUUUUCAAAUCCAGCUGGCAGAUACACUGGGUUAUGUAAAAUCAUUAGAAGAAAAGCUACAGGAAGAAAGAAACGAAAAUGCAGAAUUUGAGAGGCUAUUAAGUCAUACAACAACAUCAACAAUGGGACAAAAAGUAAAAAACUUAAUGGAGCAUCAUGAAUUGCUGAAAGUGCAGCUAGCAAAAUUCAGUGAUAUGGUGAAAAGUUUAGAAAAGCAAAAAGGGGAAGUUGUUAUGGAAAGAGACGAUCUCAAAACAAGAGUAUUGGAAAUGGAACACCAGAUCACAAAACAAUGCUUCUUGUUGAGAAAUUCCUUUGAAGAAAAUGAAAACUUCAAAUCCCAGAAUACAAAACAGCAGCAAACCUAUCAGAAGUUGAAAGAAAAGUGCAACGAAUUAGAUAUAUCUAAAUCAUUUUUAGAAGGAGAAGUGGCUCGAUUAACAGCCUCUGAGAAACAUCUCCAGAGUCAGAUAGAUGAUGCCAUGAUACCUGUGGACGAAAAAGAGAAGAUACUUCGAGAAAAGAACAAGCUGUUGGAUGAAAACUUGCAAAAUGCUACAAGAAAGAACCAGCUUUUUGAUGAAAAGCUAAAGGCUCUACAAACCGAUUACCAAGAAUUGAAACAAAAUGAAAAUAGGACUGCAGAAUUCUUAAGUGUAGUUCAGGCCGAACUCCAGAAUGCCGAGGAACAUAAUCUGCAAAUGGAAAAGAAUCUGUCUUGUUCAAGGCAAAGUGAAGAAUCUCUGAAGUUACAGCUCACAGAGAAAAUUGAGUUAUUAGAAGGCCUGGAGAAUCAGUGCAGCCAACUUUGGGAACAGGCUGAGGAGUAUAGAAUUAAAAUUGAAACCCUUGAGGAAAAUGGCCUUCAUCAAGCAGAAAUAAUUGAAUCUCUUACAUCUGAAAAGAUUUCCGUAGAUAAAACCCAAUUGGAAUUGGUAUCUUGUCAAGAGAGAGAAGCUGAAGAUUUGACAUUAAUACUGGCUAUUUCUGAGGAACAGCAGAAUAUCAGUCGGGUAUCUAGGCUGAUAUCUAGGCUCCAGGAGGAAAUUAUAGAAUUUCAAACCAAGCUUCAGCAGACAACUGCAGAGAAACAAAAGCUUCAGGGCAAAUUGGAUGUUACAGAAACUGUUUUAAGUGAACAAAAAUUAUUGUCUCAGCAGCUAAAAGAGCAAAAUGAAACACUGAACAGAAACCAUGUGCAGGAACUACUUCAAUGUAAAGAAGAAGAGAAAAUGCAGAAAAAUGAAUGGAAAAAUUUAGCCCAACAGAAAGCUGAAUUGGAAAAGAAUAUGGUGUCCCUGACAGAUGAAUUGUCCAAGGUCAGGAGUGAUUUGGAAGUUGUUAAUAUGGAAAACAUGGAAAUCAAGGACCAUCUCCAAAGAACCAACAUGGACAUGGCUGAGCUGGGUAUUCAGAUUUGCUCUCUGACAUCUGAAAAGACAGAAGUGGAAGAGAAGCUCUCCCAAGUCAAAGAGGAGCUCAGAGCUAUCAAAGAAAUAUCAAUCAAAGAACAAGAGAGGCUGCAGCUUGAGUUGACAAGAUUCAGUAAUGAGAAACAAGAAUUACAAGAGAAAUUGGAAGAUUCAAACGUUUGUGCUGCCAUCAUACCUGACCUGCAAACUCAGCUGGAAUUGGCAGAGAAACAAACCAAGUGUUUGCAAGAAACCAGCAAAGAGGAGGUAGCUACUGUCAAAUUUCAACUGAGCACAGAAAUUCUAAACUAUCAGACAAAAUUUAAGGCUCUCAGUGAAGAAUGUGAAAAAUUAAAGGAAGAACUUGAAGAACAGAACCGACAGGCAAAUGCUGCAGAAGAGGCACUCAAGGAAAUGCAGGCUGUGAAAAGAAACCUGCAUGUACAACUGAACCUUUCCAUGGAUCAAGUGACUGAGUACAAAGCAAUCCAGCAAAAAAAAGAUGAAGAAAUUGCAGAACUGAAAGAAGAUCUUAAAAGAGCCCAGACAGAAGUCAGCAGAACAAAUGAACAAAUUCAAGACCACUGUGAUAAAUUCAACGAGAUGAAAUCAGAGCAAGACAACAAUGAGGCCAAGUUACUGGCUGAACUGGAUGAUCUAACUAAAACAAAGAAGUUCUUAGAGGAAAAACUAAUUGAACUUCUCAGGGACAAGGAUGCUCUUUGGCAGAAAUCAGAUGCUCUGGAAUUCCAGCAGAAGCUCAUAGCCGAACAAAGAUGGCUUGGUGAUGCUGAAGUCACUUGUUGUUUAGACUGUCAAAAAGAAUUUGGCUGGAUGAAUCGCCGACAUCAUUGCAGAAUGUGUGGCCGCAUUUUCUGCUAUUACUGCUGCAACCAUUAUGCCGUUUCAAAGCAAACUGGAAAGAAAGAACGCUGUUGUCGAGCUUGUUUUAAAAAAGUGACUGCCAAUCCUGUUGAUUCUGAAUUAAACUUUACACCAGAAGAAUCACCAUCAUCAAGUCUGCUGGCCUCACCAUUGUCCCUGGUCCGCAAAAUUUUGGUUACAAACGAAACCUCUAAGUCUACAGAUGAUUCAAUAUUUGAUAUAAUAACAGAUGAAGAAGUGGGUCAAAUACAAGAAGGUGACUCUGCUCACAGCAAAAAUCAAACUGAAGAAUCUCUGGAUCAUGAUGUUCCUGACUUAAACAGCUCCUCAACUGUUGAUGAAUCUGAUGAUUUGAAAAUGGCCCAAGAUGCAGAGAUCUGCUUGCUGAAGUCAGGAGAAAUGAUGUUAAAGCUACCUCUCACAGUGGAGGAGAUUUUAAAGUUUGGAGAAGGUACCAGAGAACUGUUUAUUAAGUCAAGUACUUACAGCAUUAUUCCAAUCACUGUAGACGAGACUGGCCUUACAAUAAGUUGGGUGUUUUCAUCAGACCCAAAGAGCAUAUCGUUCAGCGCAGUGUACAAGCAAUCAGAAGACACCUCUCUGGAUCAAUGCAAAGUUCUUAUUCCUAUGACUCGCUGCAAUUCUCAUAAGGAAACCAUCAGAGGGAAUGUAAAAGUCCGAAAUCCUGGAAUUUACAUACUUAUUUUUGACAACACUUUUUCUAGAUUUAUCUCAAAAAAAGUUUUUUUCCACCUAUCUGUUCAACGGCCAGUGAUUUAUGAUGGAAGUGAUUUUCCAUAGUUCUUCCUGUAUGAUAUAUCUUGCAAGAAAUACUAUUAUUUUUGUAUGAGUGUGUUUGUGUGUGCGCGUCUGUGUGUACAUGUGUAUGUGUAUGUGUGUCUGUGUGUACGCAUACAGACACACACACAUAUACAUAUGAAGCACCAAAAUCACAGAAGGAUAUAAAAUCUUCCAAGAUUUAUGCAAUAAUUCAGAAAUAUAUAUUUAAAUACAUGCAUGAGAAAAAAGCAUAGCUUUUAUGAGAGCAAUAAUGAUUCUACACUGUGUGCCAGUUAUUCAAAAGCCAUUUUGUUUAUUAAACAGACAAAAUAGUUAUAUUCUGCUGCAUUUGAUACCAAAAAAUUUAUUAAAAAGCUAAGAAUAGGAAAUUUAUUUUUCAAUUUAGAAGAUUUAACAUAUGUAUAACACUAAUUAUUGUUAGUUAUAUUGAGUCAGCAACAGACAGACAGACAACUAGAAAAUCAGUUUUGCAUAAACAUUAACACUGAUAAAGCUUUAAGUCCCCUGCCUGAUCAUGCUAUACAAUUACCAUGAAGUAAAAUAAAACAUCUGGUGCAAGCUACUCUUUUAUCUAAACAAGUUAUAGCCAUACCAACAUGUUACACAGACUUUGGUCCAGAAAAAAAAUCCUAAAAAAUAUAUUUACUUUUACAGUUUAUAUUAUUUUUUAUCAUAUGAGUGACAUGUUUGUGAAAGAUAAGCAAUAUAAAUGGAAUUGUUACUGCUCAGACAUAGACUUUACAAGUUUUGAAUAUUUUCUCUUGAAGAUGCUGAAUGCAGGCUUAAAGGAAAAUUUGAAACAAGGAGCAGAAGAUGCAUUUAGUUAAGCAAUACUUUACUCCAGCCUUUUCCAAUUAAUGUUGAGUAUUUUAAAUUCCCAGUUCCCAGAUACAGCACUUGGAUUUCCCUAUAUCUGCUGACUUUUUUAAAAAAUAGUAUUUAUGAUGGACAACAAAGGUAGAUUUCUAGUUGGCAGAAAAGAUGCUAAAUUAUGUAUGGCAUGGAUAAUACUAUAACAUACAGCUAUAUUGUUAUCAUGCCAUCCUUUAGACUUUAUCUGGUGGAAACACCAUCAUGCUAGAAAUUAUUCUUUUUGCACUCUCUACAAAUUAGCUUGAACUUUAAGUUCAACCAGUUCAACACUAGGAUAUGAGCAAUAGGGCUUAGCUGCUUGAUAUUAUUACAGAAUACUGUGCAGGUUUGGUUAAUGGAUUUCUUUGUUGAAUGUUGUUAUGUGCUAAAAGCAUAUUUUAUUUUGAGUUGAGUAGCAAUAAGGAUUUAAUGCUAAAAUCUGGGAUGUUGUUUGCCAUGGAUUGUGCAAUAUCAAAUGGAUUUUGAACUAAAAUCCCAUAAUAUAUUAAUAAUGAGUAUUCUCAGUCUAUUUUACUGUAGAAAUUUAAUAGAAUACUUAUCUUUUUUCAAACAUUGGUUUAUUUCAUGUAUAAAAGUAACAUAAAAAGGAUGCUGUCAAAUAUACAAAAAAUGUAUUAAA